AAUGAAUAUGGUUGCAGGUGCUUUCUGUGACUGACUUUUCAGUCUGAAUGUUAGAUGUUCCUCUGGAAACUAUUUGAUCACUGGUGUGAAAGAUGAAUGAGUUGGGAGUUGUUAAAAUGGUGAUAAGUCUUCUUAUCAAUAGGUCUCUCUGUUGAUCUGUUAAACUGCAGUGGUGUGGAGAGUUCCUCUACAUCUAAAGAUAUUAAAGUAAAUUUGUACUUUUACUUUGACAAACAGCAUACUGCAUGUGAUAAAAAAGAGACAUCUAUUUUUCCUCAUUAUGUUCAGGUCUGUUAUUGAAAUAUUUAAAAGGUGCAUAAAAUGUAAUGCUUGUAAUUGGGUUUUACUUGGUUGUUAGAAACUAACAAAGUGUCAUUGGGAAUAAGACGCAUACUGUAGGUACUGGUUUACCAGCAGACUGAGCUGUACAGAAAGGCGUCUCUAAAGUUAAGAGUCAGAGGGGGUGUAAACACAGAAGUGAAGCAGAUGGAGUAAAGGGUUGAGUAAAGCAGAAUGACAGAGCUCUGGGAUAUGUGAAUAUUUACAGCGGGAGGCAACAAGACGGAAAAAAUAUUUCCAGUGGAGCAUUUUUUUUUUUUCAAUUUUGGGAGAUACUGAAUAACUUUGUUUCAAGGAACGUAAAACUAGCUCAGCUCCACAAAGUUGUAACCUCUCAUCAUAAUGAGAUCGCUGGCCUUGGGCUUCUUCUGCCUGUUGUACUGUAACACAGCACAGCCAGAGAGGCGUCGUCCCAAACUUAUCACUGCCAAAGGACGUAAUGAUACAACAAUUCAAAACAUUACAGUGGAAAAUCCUUGUAAAGCCAUGCCGCUGGAUUUCGUCUUUGUCAUUGACAGCUCCAGAAGCAUCAGACCCAAUGACUAUGAGAAGGUCAAGACCUUUAUCAUAAAUCUUCUUCAAUUUCUUGAUAUUGGCCACAAUGCCACCCGGGUGGGUCUGCUGCAGUAUGGCAGUGUUCUUCAACCUGAGUUCUCCCUUAACACCUACACAACCAAAGCUGAAGUGGAGGAGGCUGUGAGGAAUAUGCAGCAUCUUGCCACUGGGACCAUGACUGGCUUGGCCAUCCAGUACACCAUGGAGGUAGCACUCACCGAGGAACAGGGAGCCAGACAAAUGAGUCUGCAAAUUCCACGGAUUGCUAUGAUUGUAACUGAUGGGAGACCUCAGGACACUGUAGAGGAGAUUGCAGCUCAGGCGAGGCAGGCUGGCAUCCAGAUUUUUGCUAUUGGAGUGGGAAGGGUGGAAAUGAACACUUUGAAGGCUAUAGGAAGUGAGCCCCACUCUGAGCAUGUCCACCUGGUGGCCAAUUUUAGUCAGAUAGAAACAUUGAUUUCAGUGUUCAAGUCCAAACUGUGUGGAGGUUCAGAUACGUGCAAGGUGGUGGAGCAUCAGUGCCAGCAUAUCUGUGUGAGCAGUCCUUCCUCCUACAGGUGCAAGUGUAGAAAAAGCUUCACUCUCAACCCCGAUGGGAAGACGUGUAAAGCUGACGACACGUGUGCUGUGGUGGAUCAUGGCUGUGCUCACAUCUGUGUUAACGUGGCUGAAGGCUAUGAGUGUCGCUGCCGUCCAGGAUAUGAGGUCACCAUAGACCUGAAGACAUGCAACAGAAUAGAUUAUUGUGACCUGGGAAACCACAGCUGUGAGCAUAACUGUGUCAGCUUACCGGGUUCCUACAUCUGCAGCUGCAAGAAAGGCUAUGUCCUGAAUUCAGAUGGCAAGACUUGCAGCAAGAUCGAUCACUGUGCUGAUGGCAACCAUGGGUGUGAACAAGACUUUAUGAACACAGAAACCUCCUGUGUGUGUAAAUGCAGAAAUGGCAACACACUCAGAUCAGAUGGGAAAACCUGCAAGAAGGUGGAUGCCUGUGCUGAUGGCACCCAUGGGUGUGAACAGGACUUUGUGAGCACAGAAGACUCCUGUGUUUGUCGAUGCAGGAGAGGCUUCAAACUCAGACCAGAUGGGAAAACGUGUGAAAAGGUGGAUCCCUGUGCUGAUGGAACCCAUGGGUGUGAACAGGACUUUGUGAGCACUGAAGACUCCUGUGUGUGUCGAUGCAGGAAAGGCUUCACACUCAGACCAGAUGGGACAACCUGCAAAAAGGUGGAUCCUUGUGCUGAUGGCACCCAUGGGUGUGAACAGGACUUUGUGAGCACAGAAAACUCCUGUGUGUGUCAAUGCAGGAAAGGCUUCACGCUCAGACCAGAUGGGAAAUCCUGUAAAAAGAUAGACCAUUGUGUUGAUGGGAAUCAUGGCUGUGAACAGGAGUUUAUGAAUACGGAAGAUUCCUGUGUAUGUAAAUGCAGAGAAAGAUACAUGCUGCGGGCUGAUGGAAAGACAUGUCAGAGUGUGGAUCUGUGUCAGACACUGGACCAUGGCUGUGAACAUCUGUGCGCCAACACCACUGACUCUUACAUCUGUAAAUGCUAUGAGGGAUUCAUCCUGGCUGAAGAUGGAAAAAGCUGUGAAAAGCCAGGAUGUCACGAUGGUGUCAUGGAUUUAGUGUUUGUGAUCGACGGCUCCAAGAGUCUCGGCUAUGCCAACUUUGAGCUGGUUAAGCAGUUUGUAAACAGCAUUGUUGACUCACUGAACAUCUCCUGGACGGGCACACAUGUAGGACUUAUUCAGUUCUCCACCAAGGUGCACACAGAGUUCACUUUGGGCCAACACAUCACAGCGCAGGACGUCAAGCAGGCCGUGGCCCGGAUUCAGUACAUGGGGAGGGGCUCCAUGACGGGCUCUGCCUUGCGUCACAUGUUUCAGUUCAGCUUUUCAGAGAAAGAAGGUGCCAGGUUGAACAUCCCACGAGUGUGCAUCGUGUUCACUGAUGGAAGAUCACAGGAUGACGUUUCUGAGUGGGCCAAUAAAGCAAAGAACUCUGGGGUCACAAUAUACGCGUUGGGUGUUGGGAAGGCCAUUGAGCAGGAGCUGAGAGAAAUAGCAUCAGAGCCUGCUGAGAUGCACCAGUAUUAUGCAGAAGAUUUUGAAAAAAUGGGAGAAAUUACAAAGAAACUGAAAUCAAGAAUAUGUAAAGAAAAACCAGCAGAUGAAAACAUGUGUCGGUGUGAGAACGUAAUCGUGUUUCAGAACCAAGUCACAGAGAAGCUGAAGAACCUGGCUCAGAUUAUUGAAGCAAUGUCAAAGAAGCUGGAGACUCUGGAGAAUCAAGUCAUGCAUAAAUGAAAGGCUGACACUCCCUGGCUCUUCAGGAUCAUAUUCAACUGGGACUGUUUUUGCUGUUUAUUGCUUUACAGUAUAGUGCAAACUUUUAUUUACAUUAUUUGUUGAGUGAUACCGUUUUAAUUACCAUAUGUCAGCACGUCUGUGAUUUCUGCAGGGGGUCAUACAUGAGUACAAAUGAAUGGCUUAUCUUCAUGAAACAAGCCUUUUAAAAUGCAGCUCUGUAAUGAAUAGAAACAUAUUUUAGAAGAAAUCACAUUUCAUUAUGAAACCUUUUUAAAAUAUGAUUUUGGUGCUGCUACACAGCAAAGUUUCCUCAAGAAUUUUACCAGAUGUAAAGAAAGCUAUAAUAGCUAUAAAAACGUCACAUUUAAGAUAUUUAAGCUCAGACAAAAGACAAACUCAUAACCUAUUUCUUGACUCUCCUUUAUUAAUAAGUCUGCACAAGACAUCUAAAGGAAAGCAAACAUGACCACAGGGAACAAUUAUAAAUCAUGUGAUAAUUAGGCCGUUUAUAUUCAGUUCAAAUUUUGUUAAUAUUAAGUUGUCCCACAAAAGUAACUGAAAACAGCAUUAAUUUAGUAUUCAAGAUACCCUGAAUGAUCAAAUGACAAUUACUGACAACUGUCUUUAUUUGACGUUUUUAUGGGAUAAUUUUAUCUCUUACUAAUACUGUUCAUCAGUGGGGGUUCUAACAUGAAUGGCACCCCAGGCACGUCUUUCUGCCACACUGCAUAUAACCAAACACAUAAAAGGUGGUCCAAAGUUCAUGGAAGUGUUAAAAAUGUUUUUUUGUUUUUUUUUAUGUAGUUUCACAAAUAAAUAAAUUGUAUUUUUUAAAGAAUCCAUGUUCAGUGUAGAACAAAUUGUAUGAAUUCACACCAGUCCAGUAAUUUUGGACUGGAGAUGUUCAAAAGCAGUCCAGACGCUUAAAAAAACCCCACUUAAAUAGUUAUUUAAUUUAGCAGAGAACAAUAAGCAUCAAAUCACAUCAGCUCAUCAGCCACCCAAGGUGUAUCUUACAGUGGUUAGACUAAACCUUCCCCACUGUCUGGAAAUGCAAAUAAGCACUGGAACACUAGUUUAGAACACAACACAUAACAGACAUUUCUGUUAUGAGAAAUUACUCCACCACCCCAAAGCCAUGCCACCCUGGGCAGAAAGUCAGGUUGGCAUGACCUAUCAACUUAAGUGCUCCCUCACUGUUAAACAACACAAUUGUGUAGAAAGUUGACUACCUUAUUGAUGGUACACCAUACUGAUGAAUAAACAUUUAAAUAUCUCAA